AUGUCGUCCUCUACAACCCAGAGCUCGAAUCCGCCUCUCCUCGAUCACAUCGUGAUCCUCCUCCCCCACCACGUUCUCACCUCCCUACCCUCCUGGCUCUCCACCGAAUUCACCAUCCUCACAGGCGGCCGCCACGCCGACGGCCGCACUGAAAACAAACUCGUCAUAUUCGCAGACGGCACCUACCUCGAGCUCAUCUCCUUCGUCGAGGGCAUCAGCCGGGAGGACCGCCUGAAGCACAAGUGGGGUCCGAAACCGGACGGCACCAUCAUCGACUGGGCGUACUCCCUCAAGGACGAGUCCGGCUUCGCCCACAUCCAGAAGCGGGUGCGUGACGCGCAGUCGCUGGCCGUGUACGACGAUCCCGUGCCCGGCGGGCGCAUCAGGCCGGAUGGCGAGGAGCUAAAGUGGGCCGUUGCCCUCCCGGACGGCGCCGCCGGUGCCGGGGUAAAAGUGGAGAGGGGUGAGUUGCCGUUUUGGUGCUUUGACCGGACGCCGCGCAAGCUCCGCGUGCCGGAUCACGUCGCAGAAAACGUCAAGCAUCCGAGCGGAUCGCUGGGCGUCCAUUCGGUAUCGGUUGACGUGACCAACGAGGAUUUCAAAAAGGCGUACGCCGGCAUCAACGACCGGGCGGCGAAGGAGAGCGACGGUGGUGUUGGGCGGUGGACGUUUGACGUCCCUGUUCGUCAGUUUGACGAUCCGAGAUAUAUCAACGUCGAAACCGUCUCUGGUGGGCAGCAGGGACCUAGGCAGGCUCUUCGACUGGCGCUGUACACCGCUGCGGGUACGACGAAGCGGUCUAUUGGUGGCGACCUUGGGGGAGGCGUCUCCGUUGAGAUUGAAUUGGUUCCCGUUUCGGGGUCCGCCUGA